AAAAGGAUGUUUUCAGUUUUUGAUGAAUCCAGGAUAUUUAUUGCUGCAUGUCGACACCAGUUUAUCCUUCUCGCUUGUGAUAUGGUUAAGGGUGGUGAACUGGUAAAAUAUCCCCUUGUGAUUGUUGAUCAAUUGCUUACAGUUUACGGCAAAAAUGGAGGCUGUGCAUAUGACAUUGGUUGUGUGUUUGCCAAGAUGCUUGAGAACAGUACUUUGGGACCAUGA